AUGUCCAGCGAUUCUACCAGCCAGCCGAUAGCCGGCAUUCACACUUUUGACUUGCCAUCCGUGUGGCUCGGUGACAUCGCGUUAUGGCUGCGCACUGUAGAGUCACGAUUCGCCCUCCGUCAGAUCACACGAGAGGAUACGAAAUUUCACUAUUUUGUGGCAGCACUCCCAAUGGACAUCGCCACCGACCUCCGCGACAUCAUAGAUUGCCCGCCCACAGAAGCCCCUUAUACUGCCCUAAAGGAGGCCCUCAUUUCCCGCAUUUCCCUCUCAACGCAAAAACGUCUCCAGCGUUUGAUUUCUGAGGAGGACCUCGGUGACAGGAAGCCUACGCAGCUUCUUAGGCGUUUGGAGCAGUUGGCGGACGGACAAAAGCUGGAUGCCACCAUGUUCAAGCAACUUUUCAUCCAACGAUUGCCUCCUUCUGUGCAAGCCAUCCUUGCGCCUAACAUUCCUUCGUCGACUGUUCAGAUGCUCGCGGAUACUGCUGACCGUAUACUCGAGUACUACCAGCCUCCUGUUACGGUUAACGUCGCUAGUCGAAGCACAACUGCCCCCACAAUCGAGGAUGUCGUCAAACGCCUGGAUGCCCUCACUCUCGAAGUUUCCCAGCUCCGGGCCACUCGUGUCUAUAACCCUCGUAGUCCUGCAAUUUCUCGCUGCCCGAGAUCUCCCACUCCAAACAAACCUACAGUUGAUGGUUUCUGUUGGUAUCAUCACAAUUAUGGUUCUAACGCCCAUCGCUGCCACUCUCCGUGCAAGUAUAAAACACCCGCGUCGGAAAACUCUCCUGCCGACCAUUAA